CGCGAGUCCCUCAUGCAAGCACUCUUCUGACCUUUUGGUACGCUUCGCGCGCACAGCCGAAAAAGGAGUUCAUACGCUGGUUCGUACGAGCGCAAAGCGGACCAGGGGCCUGAUGCUGUUCCGGCGACGCCAGGGACAAGGCGUGGAAAGGAUCUCAUCUCGAGCCUUUUUCCCGAGCUCGAAGACUGCGCGACACCGACAAGGGCGAGCCAAGCAACACCCACGACUCCACAUUGCGGCUUCUUGCAGCCAGGACUGUUACCUUCUUUCAUGACUCGAAGCAAGUCGGGGCUCAACGAGGGACACGAUCUUCUCGCCAACACUUUGAAGAGGGUCGAUGAAAGGGUGGAUCACGAGGGAUUUAUCUUCUCGCCUUCUUCGGACGACAGCCUCGAUGUGGACUCUUCUUCACAGACUUUCGCUUCCGCUCCAUGCUCUCAACAAUCUGUCGAGCCAACAAUUUCGCCGUAUCGCCUAUCGAGCCAGCAAUCAUUCAGCGAUGAGUUCCGUUCUCUUACAGACCUAAAUCUGUCCGAAGAGUCCGAGGAGGAAGAGGAAGAAACGCCACCAUCGUCACCGAGCAUUGUGGCCCGUAAGACCUUUGGAGAGCUCAAGAGAAAGCCUUUGUCCGAAGUCAAGAACUUUCAAGCCCGUGCGGAUCUGAGCGAGACAGAGUAUGAGUCGAGAGACGAUAGCAGAGACGUGACACCAUCCGAGGUCGACCUCGAGCUCAGCGAAGAGAGUUGUGCGGUUGCUAAAACGAAAGCGACGAAGGGAGCAGAGGCAAUCACAAGGGAUAUCCACUCAAAAAGGGCCAGGACGGAUGAGCCCAUCGUCACAAGUAGUCUUACUUUGUCGACCCCACAGCGCCUCAAGAGAUGCUCGUCCGAAGUGUGCCUUUCUCAAGACUCGGCACCACCAUCGAAAAGGGUCCGGACGCUUCGCUCAGGUACGCGCCGUCUCUUCGCAGAUGCAAGAGAGAAUGGAAGGCACCAGCAGAGCCGAUCCGCCGACUGCAGCCAGACGAGUUCGUCGGGCUCCUUUGCCGAAAUGGUCAAUGUUGCCAAUACGCUCAUUUCACUUUCAACUUCCUCGUCGUCCAAGAAGCAGUCUGGCAUAUGCAAGAGAAAGAGAACGCCUUCAAUCAAGAGGAAGAUGAAUCGUAACGAAGGAUAUGGGCAUGCAAUCCAUGAGACGGAGCAAUCCAAGCAGGGAAGUGGCCCGUUUCGACCCUUUCCAGGCACGAUUCCACAGAAGCUUCGUUCGUUUCCAGAAUGGUAUCGCGCUUACCGGGUGCCAUCACCUCUUGACCCUAAAUGUCACAGCGAAAUUAUCGUGAAAGUCGACAAUUCGACCCUCGAUUCGUCCAUCAAGGUAAGGUCCAAGCGCAAGAUCGGAGAGCGCAAUCCAAUCGAGAACCUCCUGGACCUUUACACACCCCGCUUUGUGCGCGGCGUCGGUGUCAAGAAGGAAGGCCUGUGCCCACUUUGCUUCGAGAAGGAGCAGACGUGCUUCUUCAAGACAAAGACGUCGCAGUACAAUUAUCACAUGAUGUAUACGCAUGGUAUUCUCCCUUCGACCCUUCGCCCGAUGGACCCGCCCGUCGCAUUCCAAGUCGUGGCUCGGCCUUCGAGCAACCCUACUGAUCGCCAGGAGAUGCUGCAGGGAAAGUGCCACGGGUGUGGCAAAUGGAUUGACGUCGAAUCGAGGAAGUGCACACCGGUCAACGUGCCCGAAAUUUACUGGUGGAAGCACGCGCAGGCAUGUCAUAGGGGCAAGGGACACAUCGGCGAUCCCGAAAAGGUCUUCGUAGAGGAUGAGUGGUACAUGAUGGCCAGGGAAAGCGGGCUGUGAUACGAGGGCUAUCUCAAGAGGACGCGGAUCGUUCGAGAGAAAGAGAGCUAAGCAAGAACGGGUGUUGUCAGAUGACUGCCAUUGGCAAGGAGUAAUACGGCAAACAAAAAUUUGGAGGAUCAAUGUACAUGUACCCUAUCACACUAACCCACAAUGUUACUAUCG